AUGGCGACGAGUAAAAUGGCAAUCACCCCACAAAUACAUGAACAGCUAUACGAUCUUUGCAUACCAGAUGACCCACACAACAAGCCAUAUGAGGAAUUGAUUCACAUGUUAAUGGCUCAACUAGAACCAAAACCCAGUAUUUGGGCACGUAAAAGUGGAAGGACGACUCAUGACAUAGAGUACAGGCAAACUGCUCAUCAUUGCAAUGCAGAUUAUCUCUCUCGAUUCCCUAUCGAAGUUGUACAAGAACAUUCUGUGGAUGACCUCUCGAAGUACCACAUAAAUCAACUGGAAACACUCAAUAUCAACAGUACCGUGGUGGCUAAGGAAACUCUCAACGAUGCUGUUUUGGGUCCAGUCCUACAGGCCUGGAAAUCAGGACAAUCUGUUGAACAAUACGGAUUUCACGAUAACGAGCUGUCCAUUCAAGAUGAUUGUGUACUGAAGGGCUGGAGAGUCAUGAUACCUCAAUCUCUCAGACCUCAUGUGCUUCGAGAACUACACGUAGCUCAUUUAGGAGGAAUAAAAAUGAAGGCUUUAGCUCGCAGUUUUUGCUGGUGGAAAAGUAUAGACAAGGAUAUUGAAGAUAUGGCGAAAACAACUACAAGUACAUGGACAGUCCAAGAAUUACGGAAAAUCUUCUCAACUUUUGGGUUUCCUCACAUCUUAGUUUCAGAUAAUGGAAGACAGUUUGUUUCUCAAGAGUUCAAAAACUUCAUGAAUGAAUGUGGGAUUAUUCACAGAACAACGGCACCAUACCAUCCAAACUCAAAUGGCCAGGCUGAAAGGUACGUGCAGACUGUCAAGAAGGCGUUAAAAUCCAUGGAGGGAGAAAAGGGUACACUGCAAAAUAAAAUCCAAAGACUUCUAAUGCAACUCAGGCAAUCCCCGAAUUCAACAGGUACAUCAGCAUAUCACCUAAUGUUUGGAAGGAGUGUACGAACAAACCUAGCAAUAAUUGUUCCAACAUUAGAACCGAACAAAUAUCAGAAGAAGGGAGUCCAAGUCGGUAUAAAAAGGAAUUUCAAAGUUGGAGAUAAAGUGCAAGCGCGGGAAUAUGUCAAUGGUUCGUCCAAGUGGUAUUCGGGCUAUAUAACUCAAAAGCAAGGACAUGUAAUGUACGUAGUUCAGCUGGAAGAUGGACGAAUAAUAAGAAGACAUGUUGACCAGCUGAUUCUUCGUAAAGUGCCGCAGCACAGUAAAUAG